AUGAAGUACGAGCCGGACAUCAUCAUCAGCGUGCACCCGCUGAUGCAGCACAUCCCGCUGUGGGUGCUCAAGUGGCAGAGCCUACACCCCAAGGUGCCCUUCGUCACCGUCAUCACCGACCUCAACACCUGCCACCCGACAUGGUUCCACUACGGCGUGACAAGGUGCUACUGCCCGUCCGCCGAGGUGGCAAACAGGGCCCUGCUCCGGGGUCUCGGGCCGUCCCAGGAUGAGGUGAGGAAAGAGCUUGGACUGGAUCCUCAGCUGCCGGCGGUUCUACUGAUGGGAGGCGGCGAGGGGAUGGGUCCGGUAGAGGAGACCGCGAGGGCCCUCGGUGAGGAGCUCUACGACCACCGGAGACGGCGCCGGGUGGGGCAGGUCGUUGUCAUAUGCGGCAGGAACCAGGCGCUGCGGUCCACCCUGCAGUCCCUCAGAUGGAAGGUCCCUGUCAAGAUCAGAGGGUUCGAAACACAGAUGGAGAAGUGGAUGGCCGCCUGCGACUGCAUCAUCACAAAAGCUGGCCCUGGUACAAUUGCAGAGGCACUUAUAAGAGGACUUCCUAUUAUCCUGAACGACUUCAUCCCUGGACAGGAAGUUGGAAACGUGCCUUAUGUCGUGGACAACGGUGCCGGUGUGUUCUCCAAGGACCCAAGGGAGGCUGCAAGACAGGUUGCACGCUGGUUCAGUACAGAUGAGGAUGAGCUCAAGAGAUACUCACGUAACGCGCUGAAGCUAGCACAACCCGAAGCCGUGUUCCAUAUCGUCAAGGACAUCCACAAGCUCCAGCAACAACCAGCUGCGGUUAUCCGGAUCCCCUACUUGUUGACCUCAUCGUUUCCGUACCAUAUAUGA